AUGUGGAAAUUUUCUGAUACGUUUAAGCGGUUACAUGUAGCAUUUGCUAUGAAUAAUUUUCCCAGUUUUUGUUUGAAACCAAAGCAAGUUCAAUGCUUUGAAUAUUUGCUUCAAGGCUUCGAUGUGUUGUCGAUUCUUCCAACUGGCUUUGGAAAGUCGCUGUUGUUUCAGCUUUUGCCAGACCUUUUGCCAGUUAAAAAGUCGUCCCAGAAUAUCGUUCUUGUUGUCUGUCCGUUAUCAAGUAUAAUCGAAGAUCAAAUCAGUGCUCUGAGUUUGAUUGGAAUUCCAGCAGAAAUUUUACCAAAUACAUGCGAAGAUUCUUCACAUUUAUACAAUUCGGAGUCGUUGUUUGAUCGCAAUGAGGAUACAAACGAACAAACUUCGGAAGAAUGUAAUGUAAACGUUUCGAAAGCAGUGAUCGAUGGAAAGGCGAAAUUGUUAUUUGCUCAUCCCGAAGCUCUUCUAAGCACGUUCGGAAGAAAGCUUUUGAUUAGUAAAGUGUAUCAGGAUAAUGUGGCGGCUUGCGUUAUUGAUGAAGCACAUUGUGUUGAAAUAUG